AAAAGUAUUACUCAAAAUGAAUUUGGAAAUAUAAGAUAUAAAAUAGUUUGAAGAAAAUAUGGAUAAGGCUACCACUGUACUUCAUCUUAUUAUUGAAAGUGGAUUUCGAGUCGGCUUUUGGAUAAUAUUUUUAUGGUUAGAUAAACUGAGUCCAGUGGUAAGACAUAUCGACGAAGAUGAAUUAUGGAUGUACCGUUAUCCUUCUGUCGAUAGUUAUUUUCCUAAAAGAUAUUUAUAUAUGACAAUGGUGUGUGUCCCGAUGAUUAUUUAUAUAGGGCAUUGGUUAUUGUCUCGAAAAAAUCGUACAACAAUUCCAGAAAUAAUACAGAGUGUUUACGGUUUAACUUUAGCUUAUUGUUUGAAUGGAAUCAUCACUUGUGUGUUGAAAUUGAGCGUCGGCAGACCAAGGCCUAAUUUUUAUUUUAGAUGCUUUCCAGAAGGUUAUGGCACCGAUAUAGACAAUUGUGAUGGUGAAUAUCACGGACAAAUGGACGGAAGAAAAAGUUUUCCGAGUGCUCAUGCUUCUUUCAUUUUCACAUGCAUGAUAUACAUGAUUUUAUAUAUAAAUACUCGUUUAGAUUUGAAAAGACCACGAUUUUGUAAAGGGAUCAUUAUAUCGAUGGUGACUACGCUGUUUUUGUUCGCUUCGGUAGUAGCGGCUAGUAGAACAGCUGAUUAUCAUCAUCAUUUCUCAGGUAAAUAACAAAAUGUUUAUACAACGUUUUCAACGUCAUCAGAGGAAGUCGUGAUGUGAUAUCAGGAGCUCUAAUUGGUUCCGCAAUUGCUUAUAUUAUACAAGGUUGUUAUUCUUCGACUGACGAAAUUUUGCAAGAAAACCUAUUAAGAAUUGUUAAACCCGAUCACGAUUAAAUUACGCCCAAAUAAAUUUUUUAAACAU